AGAGCCUUUAGAUCUGAUUAUAUUAACCAUAAAAUUAGCCUCUUUUUUUCUUUGUUUCUUUCUCUCUCUCUCUCUCGCUGUCUCAUUAGCUCUGUCGCUCUCUCCAUUUGUCAAUUCGGAAGGUGAAUCGCCACCGGUAUACGCUACGCUCCACACCUUGAUGCGAUUGGUCACUUGCUGGAGACUGAGGAGUCGGCAUUACUCAAAAUUGAGUUCCGAUCGGCUCUGUUUGGAUUCUGAUAAAUUACCGCGUAAAUUUUCCAUAUGGUUUGGAUUAGGAGUUGGUAAUUCGGUUUUAGGCCGUUCAAUUCGGGUGGAAUAAUUGAUCCGUAAUAAGGAAUUAAAAUUCAGCUUGAUUUUUGUGAUUUUUCUUGAUAUUGCUUAUGGUGGAUUUACAGUGAACCUGGAUUUUGUUCUGUUUUGCUUUCUGUUGCUUGUGAUGGUUGGUGAAAGAUCGGUGAACAGAGGAGUGUAGAGGAGGUGGUUUCAAUGCUUGUUGGACUUGUCCGGCUUCAUGGUAACAUAUACAGAAGCUUAUAUGUAAUGAUAGGUUAUGGUUUUCGCAGUUCUUGGAGAUUUAAGCUAAAGGGAUUGGUUAUUUAGUGGUUUUACAAACCUCGAUUGUUUAAAGCUUUGGACAUGAGAAGCCCUUGGCUCAAUAAACUAUCCCUCAUUUUCGGUCCAAGACCGCCGGUCAGUUGGUUGUUAUUGUGCUUUGUUAGUGUGCUUGCGCUGAUUGCAGUCUUUGGAUCGUCAUCAUCUAAUACCUUUGACUCUGUAACUUCCACUCCUGUACCUGAGAUUUAUACAAACUAUAGAAGGCUAAAGGAGCAGGCGGCAGUCGAUUAUUUUGAGCUGAGAACUCUCUCACUGGGAGCUAGUCGCCAAAGGGAGCUUGAUCUUUGUGCCAAAGAAAGAGAAAAUUAUGUUCCUUGUUACAAUGUGACGGCAAAUUUGUUAGUAGGGUUUAAAGAUGGAGAGGAGUUCGAUCGACAUUGUGAAGCUUCAAGGCAAGGAAAGCGGUGUUUAGUUCGCCCUCCUAAGGAUUAUAAGAUUCCACUCCGUUGGCCAGCUGGUAGGGAUGUGAUAUGGAGUGGAAAUGUGAAGAUAACCAAAGAUCAAUUUCUUUCCUCUGGAAGCAUGACAAAGAGACUGAUGUUGCUUGAAGAGAAUCAAAUUGCUUUUCACUCUGAGGAUGGCUUAAUUUUUGAUGGUGUUAAAGAUUAUUCUCGUCAGAUUGCAGAGAUGAUGGGACUGGGAAGUGACUCUGAUUUUUUUCAAGCCGGUGUCCGCACUGUACUUGAUAUUGGUUGCGGAUUUGGAAGUUUCGGAGCUCAUUUAGUUUCACUACAAUUGAUGGCUCUUUGUAUUGCUGCAUAUGAGGCAACUGGAAGCCAAGUUCAGUUAGCUCUUGAGAGAGGUCUUCCAGCAAUGAUUGGCAAUUUCGUAUCAAGACAACUUCCACAUCCAUCAUUGUCAUUUGACAUGGUUCAUUGUGCUCAGUGUGGGAUUGUUUGGGACAAGAAAGAGGGGAUGUUUCUAAUAGAAGUAGAUCGCUUACUCAAGCCUGGAGGUUAUUUUAUUUUAACCUCGCCCACAAGUAAGCCACAGGGAAGUGCAACAGGUAUGAAGAAAAGAAACAUGUUAACACCAUUGGAACAAUUCACUGAAAAAAUUUGUUGGAGUCUUAUUGCUCAGCAAGAUGAGACUUUCAUCUGGCAGAAAACUGCCGAUGCUCAUUGCUAUACUUCUCGCAAGCAGAAUGAUGUACCCCUUUGCAAAGAAGGACGUGAUGCUCCCUAUUAUCAGGCCUUGAUGCCAUGUGUUAUUGGAGCUUCCAGCAAACGCUGGAUUCCCAUUCAGAACAGGUCCUCUAGCUCACAUUUGAGCUCUGCAGAGCUUGAAGUUCACGGUGUCAGUACAGAAGAUUUCUUUGAUGACUUGCAAGUUUGGCAAUCAGCUUUAAAAAACUAUUGGUCUUUGCUCACACCCUUAAUUUUUUCUGACCAUCCCAAGAGGCCAGGUGAUGAAGACCCAUUGCCUCCAUUUAAUAUGGUACGCAAUGUGAUGGACAUGAAUGCUCAUUAUGGGGGUUUGAAUGCUGCAUUCCUGGAGGAAAAGAAAUCAGUGUGGGUGAUGAAUGUUGUGCCUGUUAGUGCACGCAAUACACUUCCUCUCAUCCUUGAUCGAGGUUUUCCUGGUGUUUUGCACGACUGGUGUGAACCAUUCCCAACAUAUCCUCGGACAUAUGACAUGCUUCAUGCGAAUGGGCUCCUCUCACAUCUCUCUUCAGAGAGGUGCAGUUUGAUGGACUUAUUUGUAGAGAUGGAUCGAAUUCUGCGUCCUGAGGGUUGGGUCGUGCUCUCUGAUAAAUUGGGAGCUAUAGAGUGGGCACGUGCACAUGCUACACAGAUACGAUGGGAUGCAAGGGUGAUCGACCUUCAGAAUGGUAGUGAUCAGCGGCUACUUGUUUGUCAGAAACCAUUUGUGAAAAAAUGACUGAUCUAGCACCUGGAGGUCGCAUGACUAUGGAUGUGUACAAUUUUUUUGAUCUGGUCCACAGGAUAAGUCGCCUUGUUCACCAAUUUAUGCUUCUAGCUGCUUGUUUGCUUCCGAGCCAAUUAGAUCCUCUCAAGUUUUUGAUGGUAUCAUUGGUCCAAUGAUUUUGCAUCCACCUAUAAAACCUCGGUGUUGGCACAUUGCAGAAGUCAAUUUUCAGAUGUAGUUAGCAUUUUUCCAGAGACACUAGCUAUCUGUUCUGUUCGAACUAAAAUGAUAAUCCAUAUUUAAUAUUUUGUGUCGGAACUGAUGUAGUUAUUUUGUCAGAGGAUGAACUAUCAGCAGCAUCAUAACGUGAGAUACUGUUCUGGAGUCUCAACAGGUUUGAGAUAUCAAUUGACUGAAACAAGGAGCAUGAUAGAGGCUGUAGAUUAGAAAAGAGGUUUGCUGCAGAAGUAGCUGCAAUUCCUUUUUCUUUCUUUUUCCUUUUCUUUUUGGUCAAGGCAUUUGUAGCAAUUCUUUCAUCCAAUUUUUUUUUUUUUUACUUUUGUCUUAAUUUUGAGUUUGUUUAUUUCUUUAUUAUUUGAUAUUGAACUCAUCCUUUGUAUUGAACCAGCAUUGCUGUGCAAUUCCCCACGAAAUGUGAUAAUUACAAAUAGAUCAAAAACAA